AUGCGUUUUAUCGCCCCUACUAUUAUCUUCGGGCUAUUUAGCACGGCAAUUGCUGCCCCUCAACCAGUGGACCAGACCGGCCAAUCCUCGGACGUUUUCUUUCCAGGCAGCUCGACCUCGUCAUGCUACUGCUGCCCAACUGGGGCCACCGCCGGCGGUAUUGACGCUAACUGUUCACCUGCUAAAGAGGGUGGUAGGUGCAUUGUUGGUGAUGCUAUAAUCUGCUGCGACGUGCGCGAACAGGAAUGUGAAUACCUUACGACUGCGUCGGCCGAUGGGAAUACGGGGCCUUUGGAUCUCAACGGCCUCCUGAAUAAUAUCGUUGACGGGCUUCUUUAA